AUGAGUAGCCAACGGUUUUGUUUUUUAAUGCGAAAUUUACGUUUUGAUAAUUUUACUGAUCGAGAACAAAGGAGGGAGAUAGACAAAUUAGCUGCUAUCAGAGAAUUGUUUGAAAUAAUAUUACACAAUUUUCAAACCAAUUUUAUACCUAGUGAGUACUUAACUAUAGAUGAGCAGUUGAUUUCUUUUCGUGGUCGCUGCUCAUUCCGUCAAUAUAUACCCAGUAAACCCGCGCGAUAUGGCAUAAAAAUAUUCGCCCUCGUUGAUGUCAAAAAUGCGUAUACAUACAAUUUAGAAGUGUAUGUAGGCACACAACCUGAUGGGCCUUACAAAAUAAAUAAUAGUCCAAAUAACGUUGUGACCAGACUUGUCCAACCGAUUGAGGGCACUAAACGUAACAUAACAAUAGAUAAUUGGUUCACAUCUCUCCCUUUAGUACUUCAACUAUUAGAAGAAAAAAAAUUAACUGUAGUUGGAACUAUGAGACGUAAUAAAACAUGUAUUCCAAAACAAUUUGCAGACCCAAAAAAUAGACCAAUAAAUUCAUCAUUAUUUGGAUUUCCCAAAGAUUGCACAUUGACAUCAUAUGUACCUAAAAAAAAUAAAGUAGUGAUUGCUGUUUCUACACUUCAUCACGAUAAUAAUAUUGAUCCGACAACUGGAGAUAAAAAAAAACCAGACAUUAUUACAUUUUAUAAUCAAACAAAAUGUGGUGUUGACCGCUUGGAUCAAAUGUGCAGUUUGUAUGAUGUCGCUAGAAACUCCCGACGUUGGCCUUUAACAAUAUUUUUUAAUUUAUUAAAUAUUUCUUGUAUUAAUGCUUUGAAUGUAUACUCCGCUAAUAAGAAUUAUGCUAAAGUAAACAGAGCAGACUUUUUGGAAACACUUGCACUUUGUCUAAUUAGACCAAAUACAGAGAGACGAAUACUCAAUAAAAAUUUACCAAAAUCCAUAAGAUUUCGAGGGAGAAAAUUAUUAGGAUUGGAAAAGGAAACAGAAACAGAAAAAAAUGUAAAAACAAAACGCCCAGGUGGAGUUGGUAAAUGUCAUCUAUGUGGACGAGCACGUAACAAAAGCACACGUAAUUCAUGCGAAACUUGCUAUAAAUGGGCAUGCAACGAUCACCUCAAAUAUAUAUGCGAUUGUUGUUUCAACAAAAAACAUCAAUACAGUACAUCUUCAGAUGAAAUGGAUACUAAUUAA